UACCACCCAGUUUGUUUCAUAUCGUUCCGUUCCGCGCUAGCUAGCACCCCAAGUACUCUCCUUACUGCUGUUACACCGUUAAAUCGCAAGCAAGGAUAUGCCUCAGCAAUAUCAGCAUUGCCAGUUGCAAUUACAUACUCGUACGAACGUAGUAUCUGAAAUGCCAAAAUUGGCCGGUUAAACCACAAAAGCGGUGAUGACAAUACAGCUGCCUCAACGCCAAGCGGAAACCGCUCGCACUCGCAAUAAGUUGCUCUCGCUUCACUUCAAGUGAGCAAGGAAUACGUCCACAGGUCCUUUUUAUUGAUUUUUCGCUGCCAAGUGGAAAAGUCAAACUUGGAGUAUUUGUCAAAUACUCAACUUAAGUGGCUGACAGUGAAUGCUUAUUGACGAGUACACACAAAAUUAGCAUAUUUGACACGAAUUGCUGUUUUGCGAAAAAGUGUUGGUGUUACAGCAUAUCUACAACAAGAAGAGUUAAUUUGAGAAUAAAUCUUGGCAGAAAAUAUAAAAAAAAUAUAUAUAUAUAACUCGACCAGUGUCUUUGUGCUUUGUGUCUCUGCAAUUAAGAAUCAUUGUAUUUGUGUGCAGAGCCAGCAAUGCAAAAACAGCCGAAGUGAAAAAUUCAAUCAAAAAAAGGAAACGUCCUUCGACUUUGACUCCAUUUUGAAAACAAUUUGUGUUUGAAUAGAAAGUGUUGGGGGGAAAAAGUGUACAAAAUCUGCUGAAAAUUGCCACAUUCUGUGCAAGGAACAGAAAACCAUACAAUCCCGCCGUUCUCCUCCCCCUUCAAGCUGCGGAGCUAAAGAAAAAGUAGGAAACCAAGACAAUUAAGUGUUUCAGUGCUCCAACCUACCCCACGCGACGACUGGCGUCUAACCACAACGGCAGCCUACUCUCCCUCCGUGUUGGCAAUUAACUACAGCUUGUUGUGCAAGCCAGCCGCUUGUUGUUGUGCUCCUUUUCCACUUAGUUUCCUGAUGUGAAACAAGUAUAUUGUUUAAUCAAUAACGAAUAGAGCGAUUUGCGAGCACCACCGCCACCAUCACCGCGACUCCCAGUUCCAACACAUCCAUAUCCGCGUUGCAUUUGUGUGUGAGUGUGUGUUGAGAAUAUAAUAUUGCUAAGCCGUCGCGCACCCUCGCAAUGCAAAGGCAGUUGCAAACUAUUUAGACGACCGAUAGUUUAGCGUACGUUUGGUGAGCCCCUGCAAACCACCCCUCGACGCCACCAUUCGCGUCGCAAAAAUGUACAAGACGGUGCGGCAUGGCGAAAACAGCCUACAGUAUACGAUACUGCCACAGAACGAUGACUUUCGCAUUGAGGGCAAGCUAUCGAGCGCAGGCAACAAUUGCAGCGGCGCUGCUGGCCGCAAAGGCAAGGCGCGGCGCCCCAGACGACGCUCAUUCUUCGCUUACUUGGGCUUGAUUUUCAUCUGCACCGUUAUUAUAGGUGCUAUAUUGGUGCCGUUCCUAGUGUCGGCCGAAUGCUUGCCCAAUCCCACUGAGUGGUUUCUGAAGACGAAGGCAGCACUAUCACAUGGCGGCGGCAUAAAUGGACUACACAGGAACGUUGGCGGACCGAGAGAAGCUUUGCGUAGGACGGGCGAAAAUGGUGGCGGCCACCACCUACCGCAACACAACAGCGCCGCGAGCAUUGGUCAGAAAGUGGAAAUUAUCAAUAGCGACGGCGUAGAGAAAAUCAUUUUGCGCGUCAAUAAAACGCAAGCGGAGCCGAAACUAAAUGAUACCAAGGACAGGCCAGUUGGAUAUGUGUCGGAUAAGGAGGAGCAGCCGCCAACAGAGGAAACCAAUGCAGCUGCUGCUGAUAAAAGAAUGGAUGGAAGAACAGAACCACAAAAGGAUAUUGUCACAGUGGGAAAGGAUGACGCGAUUGCGAUCACAACCACAAUGCCGGCCCCAAAUAUCGGUGCUGGAGAUGGGCUUGGCCUGCCAAAUAAGGCAGAGCCACCACUGGAAGCGAAUAAUUUUGUUUCGGAAGUGCGUUUCGAUUCAGGCAGCAUGCAGUCAUUGCCUGGUGUUCCGCCCACCAUCGUGGUGACCACCACGAUGCACAUACAGCCUGCUCAAAAUGGUAACCAAUUUAACGGCAACAAUAAUGUGGGCAACAAUGGCGUACCAAGUCGUCCGUUACAAAAUGGCCCCGCACCCGCAAUACGUCCAACAACGUCCUUUUCGACCACCAGCAUUUAUUCGCCACAUGCACCCGCUGCAGCCUCUGCACCAGCUGCAGCUACAUUUAAUGUCAACACGAUUUCAAAUCAAAACGCCAGCGCUGUAGUCUUACCCACCAUUACGACACGCAUCAUGCAAUUGCCGCUGCUCAAGUCUACGGCUAAGAAGCCCAUCAUACCGCCGGUGCUGGCGCGCCCCAAUUCGGAAGCUAUACCGCCAAGGCAGUCCGAUAACAGUGGCGCAGAUGCGAAUGGCGCUAAUGAGCCGCUAAAAGUGAAUGCCGCAGAUGUUGUGGAGACUAAAGACGCUGACUGGAUACAAUCGCAUUGGCCUUACAUUGAUCCGUCGACCUACUUUCAGUGGACCGGGUACAAGGAGGACAGCGUUUUAUUGCCUGCAUUACUGGGUUUCGCCUUAACUGGCAUGAUUCUAAUAAUUGCGGUCUGCUUGGUGGCACGCAACAAACGCGCCAUCGUCUCCUCGGUGCGCAAGCGGAAUCGCAAUGAUGUCGAAGAGGCCGGUGCGGAUGAUAAUACAACACUGCUAACCAACGCUAAUCUCUCCGAUGAGGACUAAACUAUGCAGCGCGUCUUUACUAGUUUGACUUAACGCCACUCUACUUAAAUAAAUGACACACAUACAUACAUACGUACAAAAGUGCUUACAUAACUAUAUGACGGCAUAAAAAAAAAUCCAAGUUUCGCCUGCUUCUAACCAAUAUCUGCAAAAUUCAAUAGUACGUAUGAGUGUGUGUGUGGCCAGCAUGGAAAGAAAAUGAAACGGAGCCACCUAACUAAGCACCCUCAACAAUUGCCCACGUUUUCAUUAAUAACGUUCGUGCGCGAUGCACAUGGGGUUUAAAUAUGUAUGUACGUACUAUCUACAUACAUAUUGGGAUCCGCUGCUGUUUGCGUGACGACUAGCCACCAAUAAGAGUUUAAACAGCUUAUACUUUGCAGUCUUGAACCAAGUUCUUUGCCUGGUCUGAGCUGGGAUGGGAGGUAUAAUAAUAAGUCACAUGAAAUUCGAUUAGAGUAAAUAUGUAUCCAUUCGUUAGUGUGUAUAUUCAACACAUAUAACCAACGCUCACACAGGACACAAUCAGCAUUACUUCAAAAAAAAAAAAAACACAUUUGAAACUUUUAAAUUAAACUAUU